AUGAAUGGAACUGAAAUUUUAGUUAUUGAUGGUCGAUCUCUUCGAAAGCGACGACAAGCAACCGGCGGUAAUACUUUAGGACAAAAUCUGAAUAACUUAUAUUCAAGUGGAUAUAGUAUUAUUCGGGAUAAUGUCGCUCCUGCAAUCAGUUCUGUUGCCAAUCAAUUUUCUCAAAAUCUGAAUCGAUAUCAACAAGGUUUUUAUCAAGGUAUUAAUCAAUUGGGCCAAAAUUAUGAUCAGUACAAACAAAACUUUUAUCAAGGCGUUUCACAGAUCGGUCCAACUUGGGAUCAAUACAAACAAAACUUAUAUCAAGGUGUUUCUCAAAUCGGUCCAACUUGGGACCAAUAUAAACAAAAUGCUAAUCAAGCUUUCAACCAAAUAGGUCAAGGAUUCAAUCGAUUCGGACAAAGCUUAAUUCCACAAUAUCCUUACAAUAAUAAUAAUAAUAACAUUGCUUAUAAUCAAAACGGUUAUUAUCCUCAGCAAUAUCCGAAUCCAAUUAACUAUAAUUAUAAUGUUCCUCCAAAUAUGUACCGAAAUUAUGAUGGAAGACCAGCGAAUCCGUAUGCAGGAAAUAAUUUUGUUCACUGGCGUGGAACACCGGGAGCAAAUGCUCAAUAUUAUUCAGGUAACAUUGGUGGACAAUCGUACCAAAAUUUUGGUGGACAACAACGUUCAAACGAAGGCAUUGCACCUAAUUCAGGCAUCUAUGCCAAUCAAAUGUCAGGCCGACGACGUAGAUAA